AUGAAACAAACGACUAUAUCUACUCCAUCUCUGUCACCAUUUAAUGGUAAAUCAAUUGUCCUCGAAAUUGGUCAUGAAAUAGGUUUCAAAGCUAAACAAGAACUGAUCAACUAUUUACGAGAACAGAAAGCACAUAUUUCAUAUAUUCUUACAGCUAGUGUACGUUCUACUUCUAUUUUACAAGAAACUAAUGAUAAUUCAGAUGUAUUUUUUGUUCUUGAACUCCAAGUUAUUCCUGAAACAUACUAUGAUCAAACAACAAGCGAUUAUCGACUAAGAUUUCGAUACGAAAAACAGAGUAUUGUUAGCGAAAGUCAAACACAACAUAAAAAGGUCUUGAUACAAUAUGCGUUUGGCAAUGAUCCAAACGAACAGCUACAACUAUUUGCAUCAUACUACUAUCGUGUAGCUGCAAUGCCACGUGUAACACGAAUUCGUGAGAUGCUACCGGAUAAAGUAGGAUCUAAACUAUUAUUACGUGCUUUAUUUACUCAUCGUAUCGAUACACAAAUACUCAAUGAGAAUGUAUGUCAAUUGAUCGAGUCGAUUUGGCUAGAAUCAAUAGGUGAUCUAAGUAAAAUUUUGAGCGUACAACCUGAAUCAAUCAAUCUUAAAACGAUCAUCGAAGCUGAAGCUGCCUUAUUCGAAAUUAAAUUGACCAAUGAUCCGGCUGCAGCACUUCGUUUCUAUUCACUUAUUCCUCAUCGACCAGAGUAUAAUGUUGAUCUCAUAAAGAAUCGUCGAACAUUGACCGAAAAAAUAGAUUUAUGCCAAAUGCUUCGAGAUAUGCUAACAGUCAACGAACUAACUAAUUGGAAUGUUAAAGCACCGAUCGAAGCUAAAUAUCGAGCGUUAAAAUGUCAUAUUGAAACAGUAGAUAAUUCAACACCUGAAUUUAAGAAUGUUGCUGAUCUCAUUCAAUCGUCAACGGACGAUAAUGAAAAAAUUCUUAUACACCACGUCUUUAGUGUAGCCAAACAAACAGAUGCACUCAAUUAUUGUACAUCACUAUCUCAUCAACGGCAACUAUUUCAUGGAUCGAAAUAUGCCAAUUUUCUUGGAAUUCUGUCACGUGGUUUAACCAUGCCAAAAAUGGUCGUUGAAGAAUUAGGUGUCGUACGUACUGAUAUUGGCUGUCUCGGUUAUGGAAUUUAUUUUUCUGAUUCUGCUUCUACAUCUCUGAAAUAUACAACAGCAAGUACAACACGACCAGGACGAAGAUUAUUGUGCAUCUGUCAAGUAGCACUAGGCGAAUCAGCUAACUAUUAUUCAUUUUCGCCGACUCUUACUAAACCUCCCGAUGGUUUUCAUAGUACACAUGGAGUUAAACGAACGGAAGAAAAUCAUUCAAUGUUUACUGAUAACGAAUAUGCGAUCUAUCAACUCGAUCAACAACGUCUACUUUACAUUGUGGAAGUUUCAUGGGUACCAAAUGAUGCUCUCAAUAUUGAAUUAGAACGAUUACCGAUUGUUCAUACUCAACAACAUAAAUUAAAAUUGAGUGAACAUGUCGAAGUGCCGUUGGCAAUCGACGAUGAAGUUAUUGAAGUAGCUGAACAAGACUAUGGUUUAAUAUGUCCAUCGUCAGGAAAACUCGUACCACUUAAAUCAUUUCAUAUUCGUGCUCAAAUUGUUGAUACUACAGUUGAAGUUGUUCUUUAUCAAGUCUAUCAUAAUACAAGUUCGAUACCGAUCGAAGCCAAAUAUGUAUUUCCUCUCGAUGAUAAUUCUGCUGUAUGCGGCUUUGAAGCACAUAUUAACAAUAAAGUUAUAAAGGGCGUCGUCAAAGAGAAAGAACAAGCUAAACAAGAAUAUCGAGAAGCAAUUGAAAAGGGUCACGGUGCUUAUUUAAUGCAUCAAGAACAAGCACAAGUAUUCAGUGUAGCUGUUGGCAACUUACCAGCGAACAAUGAAGUGAUUAUCAAGAUAACUUAUGUUGCUGAAUUAGAAAUCGAAAAUGGUGAUAUCAUUUUUCGUCUUCCAGCCAAAAUGGCUUCAUGGCAAUCAAAACAAGCGAUUGAAAGGAAAGAUCAAUCGAUUGUACGAACCAUCGAUAUUGUCGAUGAAAAAGUCGAAUUUAGUUUCAAAGCAUCGAUUCGAAUGCCCUAUGAAAUAAUUAAAUUAUUCUCGCCAACACAUCGUCUUCGUCGAAAAUUGACCGACUGUAUAGCCAUGAUCGAACUUGUUGAUAACGUUUUAAUUGAUCAAGAUUUCGUUCUUUCAAUAACACUCAAAAGUGCUAAUUUACCUCGAAUAUUAAACGAAACAUUGUCAUUGGAUGAUGACAAUGGAACAACAACGACAACAUCGAACAAUGUUGAUUCUCAAGCAUGUAUGCUGACAUUUUAUCCACGAUUUGAAAAAUUGACAAAUUCGUACGAACAAAUUGAAAUUAUAUUCAUUGUCGAUGUGUCGAAUUCAAUGGACGGUACACAUGUACAACAAGCUAAACAGUUAGCACAUUUGUUUCUUAUGAAUUUGAAAGUAGGCGACAUAAAUACAUAUUUUAAUGUAGUUACUUUUGGAUCAGAUAAUGAUGAAUGUUUUCCUAUUUCAACAUCAACUACAAAAGAAAAUCUUGAUAAAGCUAAACACUUUGUUUUGCAUUCACUUGUUCAUCGUGGUAACACGAAUCUAUUUGCUGUUCUUCACCGUUAUUCAUUGUUACCAUCAUCAAACUUUGGUCGACAAUUUAUUAUUCUCUCUGAUGGACAUAUUCAUGAUCUUCAAUCGAUUCUUGUUUUACUUGAACAUCAAUCAACUAUGCGUCGAGAUCGUAUAUUUGCAUGUUCAAUUGGUAAUGUUGCUAACAAACAUAGUUUGAAACAAUUAGCGAAUGGAGCAAGUGGAGGUGGUCUAACAACCGUAUUCGAUUCGAACUAUCGAUCGAAAUGGAAAACAAAAGUAUUAAAUAUUCUCGAACAAGUUCGACAACCAUGUGUUACAAGUAUAUCAAUUGAUUGGCAUGGCCGUUUAGAUGAACAACAAAAAUUUAAUAUGCAAGCACCAAAAAUAAUUCGAUCAUUGUUUAAUGGAAUGCGACUUAGUGUCUAUCGAUUUAUACAAAAUUGUCAUAAGGCCACAUUAACAGCUACUAUCGAUGGACAAGAAUAUGUUACAACUGUAUUUAGUAGUACAACGACAACGACCAAAGGACGUAUCCUACACUGUUUAACCGCUCGAGCGAUUAUUGAUGAUUAUGACAAUGGAUUAUUGCAUGUAGACGAGAGCAAAAACGAACUGAUGAAAGUUCAAUAUAAACAAGAUCUCAUUGAUCUAAGCAUCAAACAUUCAGUUGUUAGUGCAUACACUAGUUUCGUUGCUAUCGAAGAACGUGAUACUAAAACAGAUGCAAAAACUCUUCAACCAGGUGUUCGUCUUCUUGAUGUUAUACUCGAUCGAGAUAUUGACUUAUUGCCAUACAUUGGAUGGGAUGGUGAUAUAUCAACUUUGGAUACAAUCAAACAGAAAUUAAUGGAUGCACGUAUUACACUCGAAAGUGCAUCGAUUCAAAGCAAAAAAGAAUCCGUAGUUGAUAUUGAAAACCUUUGUGGAAAAAUUUCCUAUCGAGCAGGUGGUGAUGCAAAAUUUGAUAUGAUGAUGAGUAUCAUACGCACAUAUCGUCAUGUAUUGAAUGAGCAUGAAAAAGCCAAUGAAAUAGAAGAUAAAAUGCGAAAGGAUCUUAAGACUGAAAUGAUUAGUGCAACGACAGAAGAACGACAAGCAUUACAACAACGAUGCCAAGCUAACAAUUUGAUAAUCACAAGUGACGAAGAGGAAUCAUUAGGCGACUUCGGUGGUAAGUCAAGUGAGAAAAUGCGUGCACCGGAAAUGUAUUCGUUAGCAGCGCUAUCAGAUUCCGACGAUGAACACUAUGGUAUGAUGGAUUUCGACGAUCUUGAUGAUGGUAUGCCAACAGCUUCCCACUCGACACCUCAAAAAAUGCCUGCACACGAAGAACGACCAUCGAAAGUACAGGUGGAAUACGACGAUGAAGACGAUGAUCAUGGGUUAGACAUAUUUGGUGAUUAUACACCAACAGCUUCAUACAUAGCAUCUGCUGCUUCAUUUUCGUCUCAGAGGCCACCUGAGCCUCAAUCACUGCGUCCACCGCCGCCGCCACCGCCGCCGCCGCUACCACCACGGCCACAAUUUACACACCGUUCAGCUACAGUGAGCAGUAGAGGUAUGAUGCCAGGGCCUUUACCACCACCACCAAUAGAUACACCAACAGCAUCGAUGGCAUUUUUUGAGAUGCCACCGCCUGCUGUCAAUCAAUCCCUUCCACAAGAUUUUUUUCUACCACCAUCAACUCCAUGUUUGGAAACUACUGCUGCUGCUGCUCCUCCACUACCCCCUCCUCGUCCUCCUCCUCCACCACCACCUCCACUACCAACAACAACAGCAACAGCAUCAUCAUUUUUACUUGAUCAUUUCAACCAGGCUUCUGUUGAUGGUAUCAUCUCAAGCCAAAAUAUGAACGCAUGUGCAUGUGUAACUUUAGUCCAAUCAUUAGUUGAUUCGAGGCUAAUCUGCAGCAAUAUUCAACCAAGAACGAAAGAAGUGCCAACAUCCGAUACAUCUAUAUGUGAUCUCCUCCUUCUCGAUGUCUGUCCGCUUAGUCUUGGCGUUGAAGAUAUUCACGGUCAAAUGCACACACUUAUUCGUCGUAAUACAACAAUUCCAACACGUACACAAUUCUAUCCAGUGUUCACAAAUGCUUAUGCCUAUCAAACAACUGCUACCAUUCGUAUAUUUGAAGGCGAACAUAAUCUUACAAAAUACAAUAUACUUUUGGGCGAGUUUAGUCUUUCUGGUCUGACAAACAAUUAUGCUGCUCAGACACUCGUAAUUUCUGUUCGGAUGGAUAUUGAUCCUAAUGGUAUAGUUCGUGUCGAUGCUGAAGAAGCACGUUCAGGUGCCAAAGCUUUCUUUACUGUCACAUCCGAUGAUCAACAAAGAUUGACCAGAGAUGAUAUUGAGCGACAUAUUACAUAUGUUAAUAGUGACCCAAGUUUUGCAGCUAAAUCAAUUUAUGAUUGCAAACCAAAUGAUCAAUUGUACAUGGAUGGUUCAUUUACAUUGAAUAAAGACCUAGCUGAUGUAUUUCACAUUGAUGUUGAUACAUUCAAUGAUCUUGAAAACUACUUACGUGAACAAGGUUUUAACUCAUUGGCGUUGAACAUACGCAAUGAAAUUCUUUAUUUGAUCGGCACGGGUGUUAUUCUUAUCUGGCUUGUUCUUCAAACACAAGCAUCACAACAGAAUACAUUUCAAUUUUUAUUUAACAUCGAACAAAUCAAAGUUCAUCUUUGCAAUCAUUUACCUGCUAAUAUGAACGAACAAAUAAACAAAGCGAUUGAAUUCUAUCAACAAACAAAUCAACGUAAUGGCAUAUAUUGCAAACAAUUAGAAUUGAGCGAUUCAUCAUGGAACAUGUUUAUUCAACGUAUACUUAUUGGUAUCGAUCGUGUCGAUAACUAA